CCGGGCCGAGGGGCGGGCCGCCGGUCUCAGGGCAGGCGCGGGCAGGGAGCUGAGCCUCCAGUCCUCGGAGCGUCCCGCGUCCCCGGCCUCGAGUCCCACGCUCCGCCGCCGCCGCCGAGCCAUGCCCGCCGUAGACAAGCUCCUGCUGGAGGAGGCGCUGCAGGACAGCCCCCAGACGCGCUCCUUGCUGAGUGUAUUUGAAGAAGAUGCUGGCACCCUCACAGACUACACCAACCAGCUGCUGCAGGCCAUGCAACGUGUCUAUGGAGCACAGAACGAAAUGUGCCUGGCCACUCAGCAGCUCUCGAAGCAGCUACUAGCAUAUGAAAAACAGAAUUUUGCUCUGGGCAAAGGUGAUGAAGAGGUCAUUUCUACACUACAUUAUUUUUCCAAAGUGAUGGAUGAGCUCAAUGGUCUCCACACAGAGCUGGCCAAGCAGCUGGCAGACACUAUGGUUCUUCCUGUCAUACAGUUUCGCGAAAAGGACCUCACAGAAGUCAGCACUUUGAAGGAUCUCUUUGGGCUUGCCAGCACUGAGCAUGACCUUUCAAUGGCAAAAUACAGCAGGCUCCCUAAGAAGAAGGAGAACGAGCGGGUGAAGACUGAAGUCGGGAAAGAGGUGGCGUCUGCGCGACGGAAGCAGCACCUGUCAUCCCUCCAGUACUACUGUGCACUCAACGCGCUGCAGUACCGCAAGCGGAUGGCCAUGAUGGAACCCUUGAUAGGCUUUGCCCAUGGACAGAUUAACUUCUUCAAGAGAGGAGCAGAGAUGUUCUCCAAAAGUAUGGACGGUUUCUUGUCAUCCGUUACAGGCAUGGUUCAGAGCAUUCAGGUGGAACUGGAAGCUGAGGCAGACAAGAUGCGCGUGUCCCAGCAGGAGCUGCUUUCGGUCGAUGAAUCUGUUUACACUCCGGACAGUGAUGUGGCCACACCACAAAUCAACAGGAACCUCAUCCAGAAGGCUGGCUACCUCAAUCUCAGAAACAAGACAGGACUGGUCACCACCACCUGGGAGAGGCUGUACUUCUUCACGCAAGGCGGGAACCUCAUGUGCCAGCCCAGGGGAGCCGUGGCCGGAGGCCUGAUUCAGGACCUGGACAACAGUUCUGUGAUGGCCGUGGACUGCGAGGACCGGCGGUACUGCUUCCAGAUCUCCACGCCCAGCGGCAAGCCGGGGAUAAUUCUCCAAGCAGAGAGCAGAAAGGAAUACGAAGAGUGGAUAUGUGCGGUCAACAACAUCUCAAGGCAGAUCUACCUGACGGACAACCCAGAGGCCGUAGCCAUCAAGCUGAACCAGACGGCUCUUCAGGCGGUGACUCCAAUUACAAGCUUUGGGAAAAAACAAGAAAGCUCUUGCUCCAGUCAAAACAUGAAAAAUUCAGACACAGAAAAUGACAAGACUGUUCCCCAAGCAGCAGGCAGCGCUCCUGACACAGAGGAACUGAUUGCACCAGGGACACCCAUUCAGUUUGAUAUUGUACUUCCUGCAUCAGAAUUCCUCGAUCAGAACAGGGGCAGCAGGCGCACCAACCCUUUCGGUGAGACGGAGGACGCGUCCUUCCCUGAAGCAGAAGAUUCUCUUCUACAGCAGAUGUUCAUCGUUCGGUUUUUGGGAUCAAUGGCAGUUAAGACAGAUCACACUACCGAAGUGAUUUAUGAAGCAAUGAGACAAGUCCUGGCUGCUCGGGCUAUCCACAACAUCUUCCGCAUGACAGAGUCCCAUCUGAUGGUUACCAGUCAAACUCUGAGGUUGAUAGACCCUCAAACUCAAGUGUCAAGAGCCUGCUUUGAACUUACCAGUGUCACACAGUUUGCUGCUCAUCAAGAAAACAAGAGACUGGUUGGCUUUGUCAUCCGAGUGCCGGAGUCCACCGGAGAAGAGUCCCUGAGCACAUACAUUUUUGAAAGCAACUCAGAAGGCGAAAAGAUAUGUUAUGCUAUCAAUUUGGGGAAAGAAAUUAUUGAGGUCCAAAAGGACCCAGAAGCACUGGCUCAACUAAUGCUGUCUGUACCACUAACCAAUGAUGGAAAGUAUGUACUGUUAAACGACCAACCCGAUGGCACUGGCGGAAGCCCAGGUGACAGCAGAGGCGCAGAAUCGGAAGCAUAACUCCCUGGGGCAUCUGGGGUCAGAGCACUUGGGAAGGAGAGCUACCUCCUUAAGGGUUUUCAACCUCUCUGACGUGCAGGCACACUGACCUGAUUUCAGAAUGCUGACAGUCACAUGUGGAAUGUAGCCUUGGAUGCCCUGACACAGAAACUUGGGAGGGAAGCAGUAAGAAAUGGGUGGCGUCAUGCUUACCCACCUACAAAUGCUAUUUUAGGUGCUCUGUGGUAAGUCUUCGUUCCAGACUGUGCUGUUGGGUACCCAGCAUGAGAACUAUAAAAAUGCAGUGUUCACUUUACAUGGAUGGGAUCACUUCCGUUUCUACGAUCCUUUUCUAAAAAAGACAAAGUCCUGGAUCUACAACAUUAAAUACUAAACAGUUCCUAUUAAUAUGGUCUAUUUUUGUAUCUUACAUAGUUGUAAGUGCCUGCCACUCUGAAGCUGUAUCCCCGGACCUCAUGGCAUUGCUCUGCACUUGGUCUCAAACAUUAGCAGAGACGGCCACUCUUCACACACUCUUCACAACAGGACUUUCUGAACCAGCUUUCAUUCUCUUAAAUGUGGCUACUUUUUGUGGCUACUCACUGUGAGCAAGGGACAGCCCCACUAGUUCCUCUUCUUCUGAGCCAGACCUUCCUCAAAGGGACCAAUUAAUUUUAGAACUCAUUUGAAGCUCACCUGGCAGUGGGGCUCAGGGUGAAGUUCUGUUUCUACCCUGAUGGUUCUGGUUCCUGGAGUUUCAGACCAAGUCCAACCUGCUAAUUAUGAAGUAGAGAUAAAGAUCUUGAAAUAUACUUAAUUGUAACCAGCUUUAUCAACCUAUCUUUGUAAUAAUUUAGCAAUAAAAAUGACUGUUUUAUCUCUUUCUG